GGUCCUAGUCAAUGAACACUCCUCUGGUAAUAUUAUUUUGGGAAUAUUGUCAUCACAUAUUUCAUACAUUCGAAAUGUGGAGAAACAAUGUCAAAUGCUGAAUGCUUUUUAUUAACGUACCACGGUAUAGGCUGGUUUGGGCAGGGGAUGUGCACAUCCUGGGGAAGGUGAAGCUAAAGUGUUAUGGGGGUGCACAUCUUGGGGAGCCGGAACUAAAGUUUGGAAAAUCACCUGUUGAAAGCAGAAGAAGGGGUACAAAUUUCGUUUUCCUUGCCAGUGUCGGAACUCCUCUGCCUCAGCGGGAGGGGGCACCCAGUGCACCCCCAGCCUACGCCCUUGAUACCAUCGGAAUUGCUACAGAUACAGAUACCGGUUUCCAGUCGCUUCCCGGGUGUCGCAUCCGUCAUUAGCUUACGAUCGGAAAAUAGACAAUGGCUACAAAUCGGGAUCCAGACGAAGUCUUGCCGUACAUAGAUCGUGUGAACUCGGAUCUGGCUAAAAAACUUCGUGCUCUCAAAGAAGGAACAUGUCAAGAGCUUUAUAAAAAGACGAGAAGCUUUAUUGGUGCUUUGCAACGUUCACCAGCAGGUCAAAAUACAACAUAUGGACCCAGCAUCAACACAAUUUUACAGGUACGAGAAUGUUACGAUCAUUCUGUGAAAUUAGAUGGUGAUAGGACGUCCCAUUUCACCGAAGUCCUCCAACUGUUUCUCGUAUCAGUAAAAACUCUUCAACAAUUAUGCGAUGAAAUUCAUAGCUGUAUCGGAGAGAAUAUCAUGGCCCUGACUGUACACGAAAAACAACGAGCUAAAGCCGAAAAGAUCCGAAGUAACAUCGAGUUUUGUCGGAAGUACCUAGAGGAGGAUACGGACUUCCACGAGUUGGCUUCACACAAGACGACUGAAAAACUUCGGGGCUUGAAUACCGGCGAGGUGUCGGAUUGGGGCGCUGUUCUCAAUCUCAUUCCUGUUAUUAUGUCCAAGUUUCAAGAUGUGUAUAACGCGACUGCAGAUUGGACAUCAAUCACCCGCGCUGAAAGGAACACCAUCUUUGCUCCAUCUAAGAGAGUAAGUAGCUCAAGGUCAGGUUCAAGACCAGGUUCAAGGCAGAGCGGUGGAAGAAACUCAUCUCAAACCAUGAAGGGAAACCAAACAAAUAUGGCGCAAAACCAGACCAAGAAACCACGAAAAACUUACGCUGAUCGAGUGGACGAGCGCAACAAAGGAAAGAUAUCUCUACUAGAGCGCCCUCCAUUUAAGCCAUCAUCAAAUCCUCCUCACAAUCUAUAUCCCCAACUUCACAUCCAUCUGGGAGACCCUACUCAACAUGUCUGAAGAUUACAUAAUCAACCCCCUCAAUGUUCCCUUUUUAAGUCUUUGGAUGACUCGACCUGGGAUCGAACCCACGACCUUCGGGCGGGCUGUUUACUACUCAGCCAUCAUCGGUAAUAUUAUAGUCUACAUUGAAUAAUCAGUCGCCAUGCCCUUGCUCGUAAUUUUAGGAUCUAAACUGUAUAUAUAUGAUAUUCCGAUGAACAGGUAUAUCCUGGCAUUUAAAACCAUUUACUUAUUUUUAACUCACAAAUUAAAAUUUGAGUUGUGUUAGUAGCUAAAUUUUGUUACACGCUUUUUUACUUUAGGUGAUGAUCAUUAUGUUUGAUUUUCGGGGGUAAAAUUGGGCUUAUUGAAUUUAAGUUCUUGAAAGAAAUUCCUCAUGAUUUCUUUGUUGACGUUCUGGUGGCACCAUAUUUUUUUCACUGACCUAUUGGUGUGGAUUUGGCUAGGAGUUGCUGACCCUUCUAAAGAAAUUUCAAUUAAUAUUGUUUUUUGCUUUUCGUUAUGUUAAGGUAUUUUGUCAACGUGAUUUUUUUCGCAUUGUCUUUGAUUAACUGGCCAUUAUGAGCAUUGAAAAGUAACUCCUUUUUUAUUUCAACGUCCAUAAUUAGCUAAGGAGAUAUCAAGUUAUUUGAUUUUGUAUUUUACUUUGUCUUUUAGUGUACAUGUUAAUGGUUUGGUCAAUCCCUACAAUAGUGUGCACCGCAUACUUGGACCCCUCAAAACAUGUUAGCCUCAUUACAGCACUGCUUCUUUAAUAGUCUUGCCGCAGUGCUGCCAUUUACUCGAUUUCUUCUCCAAAACCUUCGCAUUUUGAUAUUGCACGUGAAUAUAAUCGACCUUACAUACUCAUUUUGUUGGUAUUAUUUGAGAGUGAAGAAUUCCUAAAUGAUUUAAUUGAUACAAACAUGUUCAUUUCUGUCAUACUGGUAGUCUGUGUUAAUACAUAAAUCGAAAUAUUCUGACUAUUUUUUUAAAUACUUGUUUAUCUCUUAUCUGAAUUUGAACAUGUUCAAUUCUGCCAUACGACAAUGUUAAAUGAUGAAAAAUCGAAGGUCCAUAAAGUAAUUUCCAAUUUUAGUUGAUCCCCGUUAUUGCUUAUAUUCCUAUAUUUUAUAAUAUCGUUAAACCGUUAUGAUAUAGAUCAUUAAUUCUUGGUUCUGAUUAUAGGCUUAUAACAAUAACUCUGCGAUUGUUUUAUUACUAUUUCGAAAUCAUAAUCAUUCGAUAACUCAAACUGUAUUGAAUCUCUCUAAAUUAUUCAUAUGCUAAAAUUUGUUCUAUUUUUUGUCUUGACAUGAAUCAUAUUAAUGUUUUGUAAUGUAACGUUUAUUUAUUUACAUGUAUAUCUAUCUUUAUAUCUAUCUAUCUAUCUUUCAAUGUAUUUCUACACAGUAAAAAAAAUAGCACGUUGUUUAAGCCUGUCACUCUAACAACAAGUUGUUUAAACAUUUUUGUAAUUGUUUAAAAGUUUAGUUGUAAGUGACGGGCGUUAACAACGUGCUUAAAAUUUCAAACAGCGUUUUUACAGUGUAUCUAGGUGAUCUGCAUUAGGAGACAAAAUCCUCCUGAUUGUAUACGGUGUAUCUAUCGUGGACAUAUAUUGUUUUCGUUAAUGACAUGAUUUGAUACAAUAAAAUCAUACAAAUAUCAUUUA